AUGAACCGGAACAAUAGGCAGCAGCCGGACAGAUAUACCACGGGCAGAAUGAACCGGAACAAUAGGCAGCAGCCGGACAGAUAUACCACGGACAGCAACCCACAUAAACUGACCGGUACAAUAGACAGCAACCCACAUAAACUGACCGGUACAACAGACAGCAACCCACAUAAACUGACCGGUCAUAAACUGAACGAAACAAUAGGCUGCAGCCCACGUAAACCGAACGGAACAAUAGACAGCAACCCACAUAAACUGAACGAAACAAUAGGCUGCAGCCCACAUAAACUGAACGGAACAAUAGACAGCAACCCACAUAAACUGAACGAAACAAUAGGCUGCAGCCCACAUAAACCGACCGGAACAAUAGACAGCAACCCACAUAAACCGAACGAAACAAUAGGCUGCAGCCCACAUAAACCGAACGGAACAAUAGACAGCAACCCACAUAAACUGAACGAAACAAUAGGCUGCAGCCCACAUAAACCGACCGGAACAAUAGACAGCAACCCACAUAAACCGAUCGAAACAAUAGGCUGCAGCCCACAUAAACCGAACAGAACAAUAGACAGCAACCCACAUAAACUGAACGAAACAAUAGGCUGCAGCCCACAUAAACCGACCGGAACAAUAGACAGCAACCCACAUAAACCGAACGAAACAAUAGGCUGCAGCCCACAUAAACCGAACGGAACAAUAGGCAAUGAUCCACACAAACCGACCAGAACAAUAGACAUCAACCAAUAUAAACCGACCGGAACAAUAGACAGCAACCCACAUCAACUGACCGGGACAAAAGAGAGCAACCCACAUCAACUGACCGGAACAAUAGGCAGCAACCCACAUAAAAUGAACGAAACAAUUGGCUGCAGCCCACAUAAACCGACCGGAACAAUAGACAGCAACCCACAUAAACUGAACGAAACAAUUGGCUGCAGCCCACAUAAACCGACCGGAACAAUAGACAGCAACCCACAUAAACUGACCGGAACAAUAGGCUGCAGCCCACAUAAACUGAACGAAACAAUAGGCUGCAGCCCACAUAAACUGACCGGAACAAUAGGCACUGAUCCACAUAAACCGAACGAAACAAUAGGCAGCAACCCAUAUAAACCGACCGGAACAAUAUACAUCAACCCACAUCAACCGACCGGAACAAUAGACAGCAAGCCACAUCAACUGACCGGAACAAUAAUUAGCAACCCACAUUUACCGACGGGAACAAUUUCCAAAACAGACAAAAUACGCAAAAUGAAAUGUGUACUUAAUGCGUUUUUUGAGACAGCUUUUAGCGAUGAAAAUGACAAACUCAACGUACUGGUCAUAGUUUUGUUAAUGGCGGGAGUAACAGAUCCAGAUGAUUGA